AUCUGGGUUCAUCUACACCAGCUGCCUCCACCAUGCCGCCUAAGUUCCACCCCAACGAGAUCAAAGUCGUGUACCUGAGGUGCACUGGUAGGGAAGUCAGUGCGACAUCUGCCCUGGCCCCCAAGAUCGGCCCCCUGGGUGUGUCUCCAAAAAACACUGGUGAUGACAUCACCAAGGCAACUGGUGAUUGGAAGGCUCUGAGGAUUACAGUGAAACUGACCAUUCAGAACAGACAGGCCCAGACUGAGGUGGUACCUUCUGCUUCUGCCCUGAUCAUCAAAGCCAUCAAGGAACCACCAAGAGACAGAAAGAAGCAGAACAACAUUAAGCACAGUGGAAACAUCACUUUUGAUGAGAUUGUCAGCAUUGCCCGACAGAUGCUGCAUCGGUCUUUAGCUAGAGAACUCUCUGGAACCAUUAAAAAGAUCCUGGGGACUGCCCAGUCUGUGGGCUGCAAUGUUGAUGACCGUCACCCUCAUGACAUCAUAGAUGAAAUCAACAGUUGUGUGGUGGAAUGCCCAGCUGGGGGACGAGGGCUGUCGGUGGAGCUCGUCACUGUCUGUCUACCGCGCAGGCUGCGGGACCCACUGACCCGCGGAGCUUGGGGACUUGACAGAAUGAAGAGGAUGAUCGCUCCGCUCCAUCUGUUCCUCCGGCGCCACCGGGAGGCGGGCGAGGGGGCGCGGGCGGGGCUGCGCGACUGCGCGUGCGUGAGGGCGGGGGCGGGGCAGGAGGGCGGUGGAGCGCAGGCUUGUCCGGGCCUCUGCCUGCGAGAACCCCCCCACCCCCCGCAUCUGCACAUCGGCCAGGCUCAGAAAGAAUCCUUCUUCAACGCCAAGUAUCAGCAGGGCUCUCGGGGUGUGAAUUAUUCAUCGACGAGCCCAGCGCCCAUCUGUCUCCAGCGCUGCUGGCACCUCUCCCCACCCAGAGCCGCCCAGGGCACCCCCAUGGUUUCCUCAGAGUGA